AUGCCAAGUAAGUUAAAUAGAAUGCUCCAACAUGUUGUAUCUUCAAAUAAUGAAAAAAAUAGUCUAAAUAAAAGAAAUGAUAAAAGGUCUCAAUCAGAAAAAAAAAGUUAUACUAAUUCAUCAUCAAAAUCUAAACCAUCUAUUGUUGGAAUUAAAAAUUUUGGAGAAGGUACUUCUAUUAAUAGUUUAAACAUUAAUACAUCAAAUUUAGAUGUACGUAUGGCUACACCUGGUGAUAUAGAAUAUAUGGAUUAUGAAAUGUCUAAAGAAUUUUCACCAUCUACAGAACGUCCACAAAGUCAUAAUGAUAAUUUUGAUAGUCUCAAUAAUCCUUCUGAUAUAUAUACAAAUGAUGAUGGUGAACCAACUGUUAUGGCAGUAUUAGAAGAAUCUAACAUUGAUGGUAUACGUCAUAUUCGUUCAACUGAAACUCCUAAAGUUCGAAUAAUGUGGAGUUUUGUUAUAACUGUAUUUGUAUUUUUAGCAAUAUUUCAAAUAGUCACUCAAAUGAAAAUGUAUCUCAAUACACCAGUCGCUACAAAUAUUGAAGCAUUAUAUCCUCCAAAAAUUAAUUUUCCUACUGUUGCUAUUUGUAAUAAUAAUCAAUAUCGUUUAACUUAUUUAACUGGAGCAAGAUUAUUAAAUAGAAAAACAUCUUCUGAAGUUAAAGAAAAUAAUACAACAGAUAUAUUUGAUAAAGCAUUACAUUUAGCUAAAGAUAUAGAUGCUGUUAAAUUUUUAAGAAAUGCGGCACAUUGGAAAUCAAGAAUGAUAUUAAAAUGUGAAUUACCAAAUGGUACAAGAUGUAGAAUUAGUGAUUUUCAAGCUGUAUGGACAUUAACAGGUUUAUGUUGGGCUAUAAAUACUGAUCCAUAUAAUCCUAUUGAAAUUACUGGUGCAGGUAAUGGUAAUGCACUUAAAUUACUUUUAAAUGUUGAAAGAUAUGAAAGAAUUGAAAAUUGUAAUAAAAAAGUUAGAACAGAAUCAUUACCUGGUUUAAAAAUUCUUAUUUAUAAUCAAACAGAUAUACCAAUAUCAUCAUUAGAUGGUGUUAAUGUUCCACCUGGUUAUACAAUGGAUAUACCAUUUAGAAUGGUACAUAGAGUUAAAAUUCCAGGAAUGAAUUGUAUAGAAGAAUCACAUGAAGAUAAAAUUAAAGGUAAAAAUAUGGGUGAUUUAAGUAGUAUUAAAGCAUGUCCUAUUAGAAGACAAAUGGAGGAUAUUGAAAAAAUAUGUUUAUGUAGUAUGAGAAGAUCAUAUGAUCCAAAUCCUAUACAAAAUAUUAGUUUUUGUAAUGUAGAACAAUAUUUUAAAUGUGUACAACCAUUAGUUAAAAAAAAUUUUGCUUCUGGACUUGCUCGUAAAGAAUGUAAAGCAUCAUGUGAAGAAAUAGAUUAUAUUGCAUGGCAAGAUAUGAAUGAAUUACCAAAUAAUAUAUUUCCAAAAUUAAUUAAAGCAGAGGAUGAAGAAGAUGAACAAGAUAUUGAUGAUUCUGAUUCAGAAGAUGAAUUUUUAAGUACAGAUGAUUCUAAAGGUGAUGAACAUUUUCGUUGCAAAGAAAAUCAAUAUUUAGAUGAUAUAACUGUUAUUAGAAUUAAACGUGAAGCUCAAAGAGCUUUUGAAAAACAAACACGUUAUCAAGAAGAUAUUCAAUUAAGAACAUCAAGAUUAAUAGAAAGAUUUAGAGAAGCUACUGAUACUAUAAGUAAUUUAAAAUGGGGAUGGGGUGGAAAAAAUUUUGAAAGUGUUUAUGAUAGAUUAUUAAAAAAUGUUGAAUGUUAUGGAAAUAUGUCAUUAAAACAUGGAGAUGUAUUAAAUAGAAUAAGAGAUCCAAAUAUAUUAAGUGAAGGUAUUAAAGCAGCAGCUAUAUAUAGAAUUCUUGAUGCUCCAGCUUAUAUAAAAAAUUCAUCAAAAUAUAAAACUAUAACAGAUUUAAAAAGAGAUUAUAUUGAGAGAGUAGAAGAUACAUUAAAACAUGUUAAUGAUUAUCAUGAAAUGCUUUUAACAAUAUCAAGAAUUUAUAAUGAAGAUCAGUAUCAUUUUAAAUUAUCUAAUAAAUUAGAAAGAAUGGAAAGAAUAAAAGAAUUAAUAGAUCAAUAUGAAAAUGGUAAACUUCAAAGAAGAAUUUGGGCUGAUAAAAUGCAAAGUCGCAACAUGCGUCAUUUUUUCGAUGAAGAUUUAUAUGAUAGUUGGUAUAAUAUUAUAGUAAAAGAUCUUGAUGGUACAAUAUUAAAUUCAAUAAAUAAAAUUGAACAUUUAAGUGAAAAACUUAUAGGAUCAUGGGAUUCAGAAGAAAAUAUUGAAUUUGGUACAAUAGUAUUAUUUGGUGAUUUAAAUGAUGAAAAUAAAAAUAUGUUUAAAUUAUUUAUAAAUGAUGCUUUUAUAUGCACAAUGGAAAAUGUUAAAAAUGAAACAACAUCUAUGUUAUUAAAUUUUAGAAAAAGUAUGCAAAAUUUUCAAUCAGCUUACACAAAUUUAUUUAAAAAAGAACUUCCUGAAUAUUUAGAAAAUUUUGAAUUUGGUGAUAAAUUUAUAAAAGAAAAUUUUGCUCAAGUUAAUGUAUUUUUACAUAAAAUGAAUAUUGAAUAUUGGAAACAAGAAUCAACAUAUUCCAUUUGGUCAUUAGCUUGUGAUGUUGGUGGUGCUUUAGGACUAUUUCUUGGUGCAUCAUUAUUAACAAUAAUUGAACUUAUAUAUUUAUGUGUUUAUUAUGGAAUGUGCAAACCAAAAUUUUGGAGAAAUAAUAAAUUAGUAAAUAAUACAAUAUAUUCUACAAAAGAGUGCAGUGGAGAAAUGUGGAAAAAAAGUAAACAAAAAAUAAAAAAUAUUCAAGAAACAAAAUAUUGUCAAUAUUGUAUGUGCUGUAUAAAAAAAAAUAAAGAUGAUAAGAAUAAUAGUGAAAGUUUAAAAAAAUAUAGUUUCUUUAACAAAUUUGGAAAUAUAAUUAGAAAUUUAAGAAAUAAAAAAAGUGAAAACAAAUUUUUAGGUAAUGAUAAUGAAUUUGAAUUUAACACAACUGGAAUGACUGAAUCUCAGUUGAGAUAUCGAAAAGAAAAAAAUUUAGAACCUGGAUUGGUAGAUCCUCUUCUUGAACAAGAAGAUAAAUUAUUUGAAUUUCAAUUACAUGAUAUAUGGUAUGAUGAUAUAUUAAAAAAUAAAGACAAUAUUUCAAAAUUCGCUGAAAAAAAUGGUUUAAACAAAGAAUUAAGUGAUAAUAAAUAUAUUAUUGAAAAUGAAAUCAAUAAUGUAAAUGAAGACAAUGUUAAAAAUGAAAAUGAUGUUUCGAAUCAAGAUAAAAAAAAUAAAGAAUUAUUUUAUUGUUCAAAUAUUAUAGAAUUACCUAAAAUUGAAUCGAAUAUUGAUAACAUUUCCACACAAUUAACAGAAUCAUUACACUCAAUAAAUGACAAAGACAAUAUAAAUAACAUUCUUGAAAAUAAUAAAAAUUUAAAUAAAGAAGAAAUAAAUGAUGAAUUAAAAGAAAGUAUAAUAGAUACAUCAACGUUUAUUAAUGAUGAAUCGGUUAAAUCUUCAAAUAUUCCUUUACUUGUAUUAAGUUCUGAUCAAUUAUAUCAAAAGGAUGAAUCAAGUUUAUAUAUCAAAGACUUUAAAAUAAAAGAUGAUAAACAUGAUGAUAAAAAUUCAUCGUCUGAUAGUGACAAAAGUACAUUUGUAUAA